UCAUUUGACUGGCUAAAUUGAUACUUUGUUGCGAAAACUAAAAUGGAUGUGGAACAUUUCUUUUGAUAUUUUCGGCGACAUGACUAUGGAUGAAUGGGAAAAAGAGAUGGCAAUAAUACCCAGGCAUGCAGAUUUGGGGGAUACUGCAUUGAAUGACCUGGAGAAAAGGUGCUUCGAGGGCUGGCUAGCAGAGAAUAAAAAAGUUGUUGACUUCAAAACUGUCACUAAGGAAGAGUUUAACAUCCCCCUCCGACAGUUUUAUGGAAAUGUAGGAAAUGGGAAGGGGGAGAAGUACAGCAGAAGUAGCUACCUGGUACUCCAGAGUGGGCUCAAUCGGUUUCUAAAUGACCCACCGAUCGGUCGCAGCUGGUGCCUUAUGAAGGACACUGAAUUUACCAUCUUGAAUCAUGUAUUUAUGGGCAACAUCAAACAGCUAAGAAGGCAAGGAAAAGACAUCACAAAUAGCCACCCUCCCAUCAGCAAUAAGGAAAUGGCCCAUCUCCAAAACUCCCAGGCUCUGAAUCCCGGUACACCAAGGGGUCUGGUCCAGAAAGUGUGGUUCCACCUCCAGUUACAUCUGGGUCGAAGAGGAAAAGAGGGGAACAGACAACUAAAGCCCAAUUCAUUCCUCAUAAAAACAGACAAGAACGGUCUAAGAUACGCCACUCUCGCAUAUAACGAGGCCACAAAGAAUCAUCUGGACCCAAGGGAGAGGGGAAGGGAGUCCAAGACGGGAUUCAUGUUCGAGCAGCCAGGAAACCCACUAUGCCCGGUGGCGUCACUGGAGAAAUAUCAAUCGAAAUGCCCGGAGAACGCCCUUGCAUUUUAUCUCCACUCAAGGAGAGGAGAGUGUAUCGGGGACUCGAUCUGGUACACGUUAGAGCCGAUGGGCGUGAACUAUCUGGCAGCACUUCUACCCAAGAUCUGCAGGGCAACGGGAUCAACUACAUACACAAAUCACAGCAUCAGGACCACGACAGUCCAGAAACUGGCCAAUGCUGAUUUAGAAGCGAGGGAGAUUAUGUCAGUGAGUGGACAUUGGUGUAAAGCUUCGCGCCAUAGCUACUGGCGUCCCUUACUGACAGACAGAAAACGCUGGAGCAACAUCCUGGCCAAAAACAAAGAGAACACGGCAGCAGCAUCAACACCCAAAAGGCUGAAGCAAGGCAGCAGAAGUAGUAGCACAGACUCCGACAGAUAUUUCAACCAAUGCACCAUCCAGGGGAAUGUACAGAUAAAUGUGACAUACAAUAAGUAGCUAUAGCUAUGUCAGCUGUGGUGGAUAACAAAAGAGAAUGUAUGGUUGUAUUUAUU